CGAGCCCCGCGCGCGCGCGCCCCCGCGAGGACCGGCGGCGGCUGCGGCGGCGGCCACGUAGCGCUGCGGCGGCGGCGGCGGCGGCCGAGGGGCAGCGGGAGCCGCGUCCGCCCGCCCGCCCGCCCGAGGCGGCGGCAGCAGCAGCGCCUGGGCCCGAGCGCCGAGCCGAGGCAGCAGCGGCGGUCGCUGGAGCGCGGGGGCCGAGCGGCGGGGCCGGAGCGCAGGCACAGGGAGGGAGGCAGGGCCCCGGCCGCCCUGCCCUCCGCCCUCCGCCGCCGCGCCCGCCCGCGCCCCCCUCCCCGCGCCGCCCGGCAUGGACGGCGGCGGGGGCGGCCCCGAGGGCACCGGCCUGGAUAAAAUGCUGGAGGGCUGCGCUUGCUGCCGAGGAUCCCUCCCUGCCCUGCCCCUGCCGUGAUCCCGAGCCUCAGCCCAGCCCAGCCCCCCAGGACCCUCCCAUGGAAGAGGCUCCGGGCCGGAGCAGCCCCCCCGAGACGGAGGGCGCCCCAUGAGCCCCCCCAGAUGAGCCAGGCAGCCAAGGGCGAGCCCCCGCCCGGGGCCGGCAUGGCGCAGGAGGGGCCGCCCGCCUCCUUCUACCCCGGCCAGGAGCUGGACCUGUCCACCAAGGUGUACAAGAGGGAGUCAGGGAGCCCCUUCUCGGUGCUGGUGGACAGCAAAGUGAGCAAGGGCCACCUCCACGAGAGGGAGGAGCAGCCGUUUUUCAGGGAGAGCAGGGCGGUAGGAGAGGUCCGGGCUGUGAAAGAAGACAGGGAAAACUCUGACGACUCUGAGGAGGAGGAGGAAGAGGAGGAAGAUGAAGUGACUUACAAAAGGGAGCAGAUUAUAGUGGAGGUAAACUUAAAUGUGUCCAAAGGGGAGAAGGGUGUCCCCUCCCAGUCCAAAGAGACUGCUGUCCUUAAGAGCAGCAGUGAGGAAGAGGAGGGUGACAGUGGGGAAGAGGCCACGGAAGACAGUAACGAUUACGAGGAGAACGAGAGGCAGAAGAAGAAGGAGAAGAGAGUGGAGAAGGUUGGUGUUGGCCAGAGGAGGAGCAGGAGAGCCGCCUCUGCCGCCGCCGCCGCCCCGCCCGCGCCCCGAGCCACGCGCGGCCGCAGGAAGGGCGCGGAGCCCCCCAAGCGCAAGAAGAAAACUGCCAAGGAGCCCAAGGCGCCCGUGCAGAAAUCAAAGUGCGAGGAGAAGGAGACUCUGACCUGUGAGAAGUGCCCCAGGGUGUUUAACACACGCUGGUACCUGGAGAAGCACAUGAACGUCACCCACAGGCGGAUGCAGAUCUGCGACAAGUGUGGGAAGAAAUUUGUGCUGGAGAGUGAGCUGUCCCUCCACCAGCAAACUGACUGUGAAAAAAACAUCCAGUGCGUGUCCUGCAACAAAUCCUUCAAGAAGCUCUGGUCCCUCCACGAGCACAUCAAGAUCGUGCACGGCUACGCCGAGAAGAAAUUCUCCUGCGAGAUCUGCGAGAAGAAGUUCUACACCAUGGCCCACGUGCGCAAACACAUGGUUGCCCACACCAAGGACAUGCCCUUCACCUGUGAGACCUGUGGCAAGUCCUUCAAGCGCAGCAUGUCCCUCAAGGUGCACUCCCUGCAGCACUCAGGGGAAAAACCCUUCAGGUGUGAGAACUGUGAUGAGAGGUUCCAGUACAAGUACCAGCUGCGCUCCCACAUGAGCAUCCACAUUGGGCACAAGCAGUUCAUGUGCCAGUGGUGUGGCAAGGACUUCAACAUGAAGCAGUAUUUUGAUGAGCACAUGAAAACCCACACUGGAGAGAAGCCCUUCAUCUGCGAGAUCUGCGGCAAGAGCUUCACCAGCCGGCCCAACAUGAAGCGGCACCGGCGGACGCACACGGGCGAGAAGCCGUACCCGUGCGACGUCUGCGGCCAGCGCUUCCGCUUCUCCAACAUGCUCAAGGCCCACAAGGAGAAGUGUUUCCGCGUCACCAGCCCCGGCACCAGCCCCGGCACCAGCCCCUCGCUGCUGCCCGGCCCCUGCCCGGCCCCCGCCGCGGCCGCCGGCGCGGUGACGGCGCUGGGGCUGAGCCCGGCCCCCGCCCGGCCCGGCCCCCACCCCUACGGCCCCCUGGCCCUGCAGCCCCCUCCUCCUCACCCUCCCCACGGGCACCACCAUCACCACCACCCCCCCCAGCACCUGCCCGUGCCCCCCGUGCCGCACCUGCCCCCGCCGCCGGCCCUGUUCAAGAGCGAGCCGCUGAACCACCGCGGGCACGGCCACGGCCACGGGCACGGCAGCGACGGCUUCCUGCGGCACCUGGAGAAGGGCAGCGCGGCACAGCCUCACUGACACGGGCUGGGACAGGACCUGGGACCCAGGUUCGGGGGCUGGCAUCCAGGAUGGGGGAUCUGGCAUCCAGAAUGGGGGAUCUGGGAUCCAGAAUGGGGGAUCUGGGGUGGGAUCUAGGAUGGCAUCGACACCCUGAACCACAGCAAGGGCUUCCUGUGGCACCUGGACAUGGCCAGCCCAGCACAGCCACACUGACACGGGCUGGGACAGGACCUGGGAUCCAGGUUUGGGGGCUGGCAUCCAGGAUGGGGGAUCUGGGAUCCAGAAUGGGGGAUCUGGGGUGGGGUUGAGCUGCUGAGACAC